CACACACACACACACACACACACACAGAGUUUCCACUGUUUUCAGAGAGCAAACCUUUCUGACCAACUGCUCCCUCUCAAGAGUGAGGACAGUGUGCUCAGACCAGCAGGAACAUGGUGACCACUGAAACCCACCAGAACCAGGACCUGCUGGUCCCCUCUGAGGCCCAAGAGCCGGAGGACCAGCUCAAAGAAAAGGAGAAUCAGGCCAACCAGGAAAAUCCCAUAGCAGGCCUGAUUGGAUUGGACAAAAUGGGCCAAGGCCCCGUCAAUGCCAUCACAGUUCUAACUUUGCUGGACAAACUGGUCAACAUGCUAGACACCGUGCAGGAAAACCAGCACAAGAUGGAGGGGCACCAGGUGGAGAUGGAAGGCGUGGUCAGGGGGAUCCAGGCCGAUAUGAUCAAACUCUCCAAAAGUCACAGUCACACCUCCAACACUGUCAGCAAACUGCUGGACAAGAGUCGUAAACUUUCUGUCACCAUGAAGGAGGUACGAGAAAGAAUGGAGCGUCAGGGCACUCAGGUCAAGAAACUGGAGGCAAACCAUGCCCAUCUGAUCAACAGAAACAACUUUAAAGUACUCAUCUUUCAGGAGGAGAACGAGAUCCCCUCCAGUGUCUUUGUGAAGGAUCCUCCGCCGUUCCCUCGUGAUGAAAUUCUGGAAGAAGGGGAUGAAUCUGGUGCUGUCGAAGGCAAUCAGCCCCAGGAGGGUGGUCUCCAAACUAUCGACUUGUCAUCUGAUGAGGAUGUGGGCCUGGAGGCCGAUGUGGAUGAGGAGCUGUGGCCUCAAGACCUUGAGAACAUGGAGAAAUCCAAAGCUGAGAAGCUUAAACUAUCCAGUCUGAAGAAGGUGGACAGCCUGAAGAAGGCGUUCUCACGACAAAACAUAGAGAAAAAGAUGACCAAGAUCGGAACUAAAAUCGUUUCUGCUGAACAACGGGAGAAAAUCAAACAAAAGACUGCCAGCCUCAAGGUUUCCCCUGUGACUUUCGGCAUCAAAAAGCCUCGCAGCAACUCUGCCUCUCAACCUCCUGAAGAACAUCCUGCACAGGUGGAAGAGUGCCCUGCCGCGGAGGACCACGUCCAGCUCUCCCCGCUGGCCAGUGACGAGCAGGAAGUCACCUUCUCAGAGAUCCACAACGAGCUGGCCCCGCCGGAGCAACAGGAGAAGGAGCAAUCAUAUACGGAGGUCAGCGGAACAUCUGAAGGGCUUAGUGAGGACUACGCUCUGUCCACCACGCUGCCUCAGGACCAGGAAAACAAGGAGGAGCCUUCAAUGUCACUUCAGGAAUAAGAGAGUGACCAUUUAUAGAGGUGCUUUAUUAAUACACUUCUUACACUGAAAUGAGAGAACACAAUCUGUGCUGUGUAAGAGAAGAAUUGAGCACAAAAACACUGGAGGGGACCUUUUUUGAAAGUAUUCAUGUACCGUUGACUGAAAUAUGUUCACACAGAAUUAGAGAGGUAUUUGUUUAUUGGGACCGUAAAACAUUUACCCAUUCUUAAUAUGAGCACAUUCCAUAUUUAUCAAGAACUCAUUUAUCAACAAAUGUAGUAGUGCGAUUAUUUUACCCUCACAUCUUGCUAACGUUUCAAUGGCUUAUGUAGUUACUGGCUAAUCACAAAACACAGCUCGAUGUACGCAUUCAAUAUGAAAAGGUAAAAAAAUGGACUGGUUCUGAUGGCUUUCGCAAAUGCAGUUGAACAGUUUUAUUUGAUGUUUUGAAAAACAUCUGAAACCAAAGAAUAUUCCUUGUUUAAUGUAACUAACACAUAUAAAUAAAAGCGCACCCCAAGA